AUGUUUGGAUUCUUUCAACCAAAUGGUGCAGCAGCAGCAGUAGAGGAGAAAUCAGAAGCAGAAAAGGCAAAGAACAAAAGAGAGCAUCAACAACGUAAAGAUGAUCUGAUGCGUUGCCUCAAGUUUGUGAUUCACAACUCAUCGCUGCGAAGAAAGGUGUUUGACGAUGUCAAGGUGAUCAAUCGACUGAUGAUGUUGCAUCAAUGGGGUAACCCAAUUCUCAAGUCGAUCACUUGGAAUGAGAUGUUAGACUAUCCCUUGAUGUUGAUCAGAUACGACUAUUAUGAAGAAUUCAAGAAAUCAAUCUUUAGAGAAGAACAAAGGUACUCUAAAUUCAAGUGGUUCGAUACUACUAAACCUUCCAUUGAAGAAGGUGAAUCAACCAAUGGUCAAGUGUUGCAAGUGCAAGAUCAAGAUGGUGGUAGAGAAUUUAAAAAGGUUAAACCUACCUUGUUGUCGGAAUCUGAUUCGCCAUCAUCGGAUACAGUAUCGUCGUCGUCGUCAUCACCACCAUUUAUACCAAAUUUACAAUUAAUUUUAAAGACAAUUUGUACAAAGAGAUACAAUUUUUGGCAUUCUCAGAAUUGGAACAACUCACCAAAUGUAGGACAAAUGCCAUUUAAAUUGGCAAAGGAAUUGAUUGAUUUCAUUAUGCAACGUUAUGGGAAAUAUAUGAAAGAGGUAUAUUACUAUUUAGAGUCGGCUGCAUCACAAUACUUUGAACCAGAGUUGUACAGUCAUGUUUAUGAAACCUACCUAUCAAAGGUUAAAUUGUAUAAAGAUCAAACUCAAAAUUAUCAAGUUCAAUCAUUCAACAUUUUUAAAUCAUUUAAAGAAAUUAAAAAAAUUAAACAACAACAACAAAACAACAAAGAAAAUAAUAAUAAUAAUCAAAAUAAUCAAAAUAAUAAUAAUAAUAAUAAUAAUAUGUAUAAUAAUCAUAAUAAUAAUAAUAAUAAUUUAAAAAGAAAGUCACCAGAAUUAGAAGAUGAAUCUAAAUUGAAUAAUACUGGAAAUCAUGAUUUUAAUAAUAUUGGUGACUUGAAAAUACCAACAUUAAUUACAAAUUUAAAGAAAAGUAUUUUGAUUGCAAUGGGAGGCGGUGAAAAUGAGAAAUGCUACAAGAUAUUGGUUAGAAUGCACAAGAUGAGUUUGGAAGACUCUAGAUUCGACGAGAUAUUUGAACCUCCCUUAAUGCAACAUGUCUGUCAAAGAGGGUUUGUCAAGGGCGCCAAAUUCAUUCAUGAAAAUAGAAAUGAAUCUUGUUCAGCCUCUUUACUUGAUUGGGCAAUUCAAUCAAAUAAUAUAAUCUUAUUUAAUUAUUUACUUGAUAAAAAGAAUACUAGUGCAACAUCAAAUGCAAUGGAUACUGCUGCUCAGAAUGGCAAUUUGGAGAUGAUAAGAUUAUUACAUGAAAAUAGAACGGAGGGAUGUACAAUGAAGGCUCUUGAAGGAGCCAUCCGAAACAACAAGGUUGAUAUUAUUAGAUUUUUGUUGAAUAAUCGAUCAGAGGGAUACUCGCCAUCAAUGAUGGACAAUAUCUACCAUAAAGAGACAAUGGAUUUGUUUAUCGAACGUGGAAUCAUUACAAUGACGCAAGUGGUCGAUGAUAUUCUGACAAAGAACAAGUACACUAAUUUCGCCAAACACAUGAUUACAAAGUAUAUUGAUGAACAUGGUGAUAUCGAUAUUCCAGACAACAACAGCAACAUCUAUUCAUUGGCCAUCCAACAAAAUGAAAUGGCGUUUCUAGAGAAACUGCUAUCCUUUAGAAAAAAAAAGGACAAUUAUUAUGAUUUGUAUGAACGUGCCAUUGUAUUGCGUUCAAUAACUGUGUUCAAGUGGUUGGAUGAGCAUGGAUAUGAUGUCAUCAUUCCCAAUGCUGAAUUAUCUCCUUCUCCACCACCACCACCACCACAAACUCUCUUUACCAACCCGUUUGGUCCGCAACCUACUGGUGGGUUGUUUGGUUCAAACGUGUUUGCCAAUCAAAGCAAAGGGUUGUUUUAUCUAGUUGCUUGUAACUUUGACAGUCCUCUCGAAAUGUAUAAACUGCUCAAUGCAAGAGGUAACAAGUACAAGAGCAAGAAUGGACAUCUCGAACAACACGCAUUGGAACGUGAACUGACCAGAGCAUCCAACAUUACCUCUAACAACAAUAUGUCAGUCGCUAUCGAAGGUACUAUACAAAACAUCAAAUAUCUAGUGGAACAAGUAAAGGUUACCAUCACACACCAUAAUCUCCUGCUCUCCAUAACAUCUGGUUCAGUCAAAUUGUUACGUUAUCUAGUUCGUGCCUACAAAUUCCAACAACAAAUGAUGACUGAUAUCCAACUCGACAACGGAUAUCAAACAACUACAUCAUUGGAAGAGAUUAUGAGGUAUGAACCAGACCUUACAGACGACGAGAUUUAUCAAGUCUUUAAACCAAUCUUUAAAGAUAUAGUAUUGGAAUUAUCGAUCCACAUGUCAAAAUUGACAGAACAAAAUAGAUUUGAAAUGUUCAAAUUUAAUUUGAUCAAUUUGCAUGCUAGUGGAUUCGCAUUUACCAAAACACUAAUGCAAAGUGUAGUCACUACCAAUACUAUGGAUGCACUUAGAUUCCUUCAUUUCAACUCAUCCGAAGGAUGUCAUCCUCAUCUUAUCCAUCAAUCCUAUGGGUAUCCCCAUAUCGCCGAGUUUUUAGUAUCCCACAUGUCACAAACAUUCAUUGAUAUGGUACCACCCGCUGGUAACUAUCAAGGUGGUACACUAAUCCAUGAGUUAUUUGCUCGUUAUCUAUCUAAAAAAGAUAUCAAUAAUAGUAUCCCAAAAUAA